AGAGGUAAGAUAUGUUGAUACUUGCCGAAUUUUCUACGAAAAUCACUCAUUUUUUCUUUAUAAGACUCGGAUACUGCACAAACUUCUUAUUCAAGCUACCUUUCUCUAUACAAACCUCAACCAUUCCUCUCCUUGCAACAGUUAUAGGAAACAGCAUGAAGAAAAAAAUAAUCCUGAAAGUUCAGAUGAAGUGCGAGAAAUGCCGGACUGAGGCACUCAAGGUUGCGGCGAAAGCUUGCGGUGUGAACUUUGUGGGGUUAGAAGGAGAUAACAAAGAAAAAGUGGUGGUGAUCGGAGAUGGAGUUGACCCUGUCGAUUUGGCCAUCGACAUGAGGAAGAAAGUUGGCCCCACGGAUAUUAUCAGCGUUGCUGAUGCAACUUAGAGAAGCUCUUCCAAGAUUCUUCACUACUAUAAUAAUGUCUUUUAGAAAUACAUUUCUUCAGAUAAAUAAAAUAUUUAUUACUAAA